UUUGCGAGUUAGUACAUCAGACAUUUGGUCUUUUGAUGAAUUCGCCCUUAUAGAGGAGGGAGCUUGUGCCAACGGAAAGUUGGGAGACCUUUAUUAUACAACUCUAACUAAAUUUUUAACCCAUCAAAAGUUUUUCGGGAUAUAGUAAUUCGUCCAUCAUUGGUUUACACAUGCACCGACGACUGUGCACUUUAUUAUUGAAAUGCAUACAAAUAAAAAAAAUGGGCAAUUCACACUCUAACAGUACCAAACAAUUUUAAAAAAAGAAAAAAGAAAAAGAAAAAAGGGGCCAAUUCACACCCUAUAAAACAUUGUGGUUGCUGGAAGCUAGUUUUUGCUUGGUCUGAAAGCGCUUAAAACUAAAAAACCAACAGCCUCUGAGAGCCUCAUUUUGAGUUCCAAGUCAAGAUGGGAAUAUCCAUGUGGCUCUUCACACACCCUAAUAUAUCCUUUGUUUUCUUAUCACUGAUUCUUCUCUAUGUUUUUCACGUUAUUUUUUGUGAAUUCCGGCGAGCCUACGAGCUUUCUUGCCAAGGCCCGCCAAGCUAUCCCAUCAUUGGCUGCUUGCUUUCCUUCUGCAACAACCGCAACCGCCUCUUGGACUGGUACACUGACCUCCUAGCACAAUCAGCCACCAACACCAUCGUCGUGCACCGGUUUGGUGCACGACGCACCGUCGUCACGGCCAACCCCGAAAGUGUUGAGUACAUGCUCAAAACCAACUUCAACAACUUCCCAAAAGGCAAACCCUUCACUGAAAUUCUUGGAGAUUUUCUGGGAUGUGGCAUAUUCAAUGUGGAUGGUGAGCUUUGGCGAACCCAACGCAAGUUGGCUAGCCAUGAGUUCAGCAGCAAGUCUUUGCGUGAAUACAUCAUGAACACCUUGGAGGAAGAAGUGGAAAAGGGAUUGUUGCCACUCAUGGAGUCGCUGGCCAUGACAGCCCAAGUUGUGGACUUGCAGGAAUUGCUGAGAAGAUUUGGAUUCAAUGUGAUUUGUAAGGUCUUUUUGGGGGUUGAUCGGUGCUGCUUGGAUCCCUCUCUACCCAGUCCACCACUUGCAAGAGCUUUCGACACAGCCUCAGACAUAUGCGCAAGGCGUGCAGCAGCGCCCAUGUUCAUAAUUUGGAAGAUUAAGAGGUGGCUCGGAGUUGGUUCAGAGCAAAGACUUAGAGCAGCAGUUGAAGAGGUUCAUGCCUAUGUCAUGAAUGUAAUUGAAAACAGGAAGAAAAAGAUGGAAGAAGGCGAGGCGGAUACUCGUCAGGAAGACCUCCUGAGUCGGCUAAUAAUGGCGGGACAUGAGGAGGAGGUGACGAGGGACAUGGUCAUAAGCUUUAUCAUGGCGGGGAGGGACACAACUUCAGCAGCAAUGACGUGGCUCUUCUGGUUGCUUUCCCGCCAACCAGGUGUGGAGGAAGAUGUGGUGAAAGAGAUCGACGCUGCCGGAGAAAGAAUACUAGAUUUUGAAUCGUUGGAUUUGAGAUUGUUGAAGGCAUGCCUUUGUGAGUCCAUGAGGCUUUAUCCGCCCGUAGCCUGGGACUCGAAGCAUGCCAUAGCUGAUGACUUGCUGCCAGACGGUACACAUGUCCGGGCAGGAGAUAGAGUGACCUAUUUUCCCUAUGGGAUGGGCAGAAUGGAAGCACUGUGGGGGAAGGACCGACUGGAAUUCAGACCGGAUAGGUGGUUUCUGGAACCGGAAAAGGAAAGCUCGGCAUUGAAAAAGGUAUCCCCAUACAAGUUACCGACGUUUCAGGCAGGUCCAAGGGUUUGUCUAGGGAAGGACAUGGCUUUUAUUCAGAUGAAAUAUGUGGUGGCUUCCAUUCUCAGGCGGUUCGAGAUCAGACCGGUUGAGUCUGUUGAGCCGGUUUUUGUGCCGCGCCUGACAGCUCACAUGGCCGGCGGGCUGAAGGUUCUAGUCCGCAAGAGAGGGGAUGAUCACUCAGAUAAAAACUAUAAUAUAUAUUAAAUUGGUAGGAGUCAAUGGUAUUGUAUGAUUUGAGAUUUAUUGGACAGUGUAACAUGCCAUUAUGCGCCAUUCUUAAUGUAACACAAAGAUAUGAUUAUGUACAUAUAGUAAACUCUGCACCUAUCUGAUUGAGUACGCAAAUCAUGAUGAUCAUCAACAUCAUUUUUAAUCUUAGAUGUCAAAAAUAAUCCCAAAUCAUGUGCUAAUCAAGUGAAGUGGACAACAUAACUCGUGCAAGUAGACUUACCCCAGUCAGUAGUUAAAAGUUUCUUUUUAAAAAACUAGGUUAAUUAGAAUACCCCACAUGCGCGUUUGGGGAAGAUAAGUUCACAUGCCAUUGAAUCAUUGAUGUCAAGGUCUUUGUCUUAAAGGAAGAAAACAAACGAGCCCUGUUUAAAAAUACUCCUCCUUCUAGUCCGGUCAGCAUAAAGCAAUCAGAAAUCAGAACUCAGCAAU